GGAAGAUGUCUGAGCGGGGAGAGGCGCCGGCGGCGGGCGCGGGCAGCGAGAUGCCGGCCAAGAAGCAGAAGCUGAGCAGCGACGAGAACAGCAACCCCGGGGACCUGUCCGGCGACGAGAACGAUGAUGCUGUUAGUAUAGAAAGCGGUACUAACACUGAGCGCCCCGACACCCCUACAAACACCCCCAAUGCACCAGGGAGGAAAAGCUGGGGAAAAGGCAAAUGGAAAUCGAAGAAGUGCAAAUACUCCUUCAAAUGUGUAAAUAGUCUCAAGGAGGACCAUGGCCAGCCUUUGUUUGGAGUGCAGUUUAACUGGCACAGUAAGGAAGGUGACCCGUUAGUUUUUGCCACUGUAGGCAGCAACAGAGUUACGUUAUAUGAAUGUCAUUCCCAAGGAGAAAUCCGUUUAUUGCAGUCUUAUGUGGAUGCUGAUGCAGAUGAAAACUUUUAUACUUGUGCAUGGACCUAUGAUAGCAAUACAAGUCAUCCUCUUCUGGCUGUGGCUGGUUCCAGGGGUAUUAUUAGGAUAAUUAAUCCCAUUACAAUGCAGUGUAUAAAGCACUAUGUGGGCCAUGGAAAUGCAAUCAAUGAACUAAAAUUUCAUCCAAGGGAUCCAAAUCUCCUCCUUUCUGUAAGCAAAGAUCAUGCACUGAGACUGUGGAACAUUCAGACAGAUACACUGGUUGCAAUAUUUGGCGGAGUAGAAGGGCACAGGGAUGAGGUUUUAAGUGCAGAUUAUGAUCUUCUUGGGGAAAAAAUAAUGUCUUGUGGGAUGGAUCACUCCCUGAAACUCUGGAGAAUCAAUUCAAAGAGAAUGAUAAAUGCUAUCAAGGAAUCUUAUGAAUACAACCCAAAUAAAACCAAUAGGCCCUUUAUUUCUCAGAAAAUUCACUUUCCUGACUUUUCUACCAGAGACAUACAUAGAAACUAUGUUGACUGUGUACGAUGGUUAGGAGAUCUAAUACUUUCCAAGUCUUGUGAAAAUGCCAUUGUGUGCUGGAAACCUGGCAAAAUGGAGGAUGAUAUAGAUAAAAUCAAGCCUAGUGAGUCAAAUGUGACCAUACUAGGGCGAUUUGAUUACAGUCAGUGUGAUAUCUGGUAUAUGAGGUUUUCAAUGGAUUUCUGGCAAAAGAUGCUUGCUUUGGGCAAUCAAGUUGGCAAACUUUAUGUUUGGGAUUUAGAAAUAGAAGAUCCUCAUAAAGCCAAGUGUACAACACUUACUCAUCCCAAAUGUGUUGCUGCCAUUCGACAAACCAGUUUUAGCAGGGAUAGCAGUAUCCUUAUAGCUGUGUGUGAUGAUGCCAGUAUCUGGCGCUGGGACAGACUACGAUAAGUCAGUUUUUCCUAAAAUUUAGAAAAUAUAUUGUCAGGUUACAAUAUAAUCUGUUAACUUGCUAGAUCUGUAGUUGCAUUUAAAAUAGUCUUUCUCCCUCCCAUGUUCAGUUGGGUGGAGCUGAACUUAGAGAUGUUUACAUUCUUUGUACUGUGUUCUGCUCAGAGUCUGUUGCUUUUAAUAAAAAACAAAUAUUUUUGUAAAGCU